AAAUCCACAUUGAGAGAAAUGUCAUCUCAUCUUGGCUCAGAUGAUGUUUCGUUAAUGAUAAAUAAACAUUUGAUUGAAGAUACGAAUCUGCAUUAUGUUGAAUUUAUUCUCAAUCUGGUCAAAGUCUUGGUUGGGGAAUUCCCUAACAAGAUAAACUUCUAUAUUAUGUCUUGCGUUUCGUUUUUCAAGAGUGAGUGGCCAGUGUUGCGUGGAAGUGCAGCAUUAUUGGCAGCGUUUUUCAUGAACAGUUUGGGUGAAGAAGCUCGCAGUAGUAUUAACAUUGAACAUGUUUGCGCAGCUCUCAUUCAGCUUCUGAAAGAUUCUUCACCAGAAGUCCGGUCAAAAACGUCAGAAGCGAUCAGUUUGUUACACCAGUACUAAACUGGUACACUGUGUGCUACCUAUCAUGGUACACUGUUUGCUACCCAUUAUGGUACACUGUGUGCUACUAUCAUGGUACACUGUGUGCUUCUUAUACAAAUUACAAAGUUACUGUCUGGAUACCAAACUCAUGAUCAGGAGAUGUUUCGGACAGUAACUUGGUGGAUAGUAACCUCUUUUACACUGAUGAU